AUGGCGCCCAAACACUCAAAAAAACUCGAUGGCAUUUCCGAACAAAUUGUUUUCACCAAAAGCAUUGAAUCAGAACCGCACAUAAUAAUCAACUUGCCAAAUGUUUUGAGCAGCACUAGGUUACUGUACGCCCCGACGCAGACGAUCACCAGAUUUCGAUCGGACGCGCCAGAACGUUCCACUUGUCGAGCUGGAACAGUUUCGCAUUUCUAUUUUCCAUCUAAAGUUCUGGGAAUUUUCAAUUUAAACCCUAAGCGAGAAAGAAACCCUAGCCCUCUAGCGGUUAAAAAACAGAAGAAAAAAAUAAACCGAAAAAUAAAAAUCGAAAUUAUUGGGAAUUUCAAUUUCAGGGAUUCUAUUAGGGUUUCCAAUCUGUAA